AACUUCUGAAAGAUUCAUCAAAUCUCCAAACUUCGUGUGUGUUUUUGUAUUCAUCCAGCUGGUCACCAAGGGCUCAUUGUUUAUACCGUGGUGAUUAGAUUGUACUUUUAUUGCACUGUGUCGUGGUGCUGAGAAUCCACUUCUUUUUGACGUGUGCUUGCCCUGAAAUUGCAACCUUGGACACCUCUUGACCCUGAAAUUACCACCAAGUGGAAUAUACAUCGAGAACGGGUUCCGUACCACCACCGUAUACUUGUUACCCGUUUGCAAAUAUGGAUUGGAGUAAACAGAAAAGAAGCUCCUUCUCUAUGGGCUCAUUGAAUGCUCCAGCAUAUCCACAUCAACAUCAUCAAAACAUUAGCUCUUCAACACAACAACGCCCAGUCCUGCAACAACCGUUAUCGGCUUUGCCUGUACGCUCAGCUUAUUAUGAAUCACAUGGACCACUCUUCUGCAGCGAUUGGAAACCAACAGAGCAGCACUCAUUUCACACGAUUGCUGUUUCGUCGUACAGAGAACACUCUUACAACAAGAUUGAAAUUGUAGAAGCGUCGCCUGAGCUGGUGGAACAGGUGGAUGGAAAUAGAGGUGGUGGCGGUCUCUCUCUGAAGAAGUUCGCCGAUGCCACAGUGGAUCUGCCGGUGACUAAACUACAGUGGGACCCCUCAGGAUCAAACAAGUUGGUCACUACGACAAACGUCUUAACCGUUUGGGAACUAUCACCUGACAAUCGCUUGGUGGCUCACUCAACAGUGGCGAAUAAAGGCGAUGACCUCACAAGAGCAUCGCAUCCCCCUCUAACCUCCUUUGACUGGAACAAAGUUAACCCAAACCUCAUCAUUACGAGCAGUAUUGACACUACAUGUACUGUAUGGGACCUACACAGGCCUAUCUAUCCAAAGACACAGCUCAUUGCACAUGACUCUGAAGUCUUUGACGUUGCUUUCAUAAAGGGCUCGACGGAUAUCUUUGCGAGUGUUGGGCACGAUGGUUCUGUACGCAUGUUUGACCUCAGAUGCCUAGAACACUCCACAAUCGUGUACGAGCCUCGUGGGCCAGAGGAGGUUGGUGCAAUGCCAGGGAAGACCAAUGACAUGAACAGCUUACCACUGCUGCGACUGGCCACCUCGAACACGGACUCCAACGUUAUGGCCACUUUUGUCGGUGGGUCCGACAGCAUCGCCAUAAUCGACAUGAGGUACCCAGGCUAUGCAAGCUCGAUGCUCAAGGGCCACUCCUCGCCGCUGAACUCCAUACAAUGGCACCCGUCGCAGUCCAAGCUGUUGUCCGGCGCUGACGACUGCCAGGCACUCGUGUGGGACCUAAAGGAGUCUCGUCUGAGAAACGGCACAGGCCUGCCGAGCGGCGUGUACGGUGAUAUGAUGGAGAUCAACAACGUCUCCUGGAGCUCCGACGGUGAGUGGUUCGGAGUCGUCGCAGGCAAGGGCUUGCAGGCCGUUAGAGUGUAACCUGUACAGUUUGGAUGCGUAUCUGCCUCAUCAAUUAUAGCACAACACAUACAUAAUUACUCAACCUAAUAGCUAUGCUGUUCCCGA